UGGCAGUCCACCCCAUCGCGUCGAACGACUGUGAAUCGGAUAAGCUCUUCUUCUUCCCUCUCGACUCUCGAGCAGGGGAAACGAGAGAUCAUCCGACCCAGCAAUGGAGUCUACCGCGCUAAUGACCGCGAGGUUACCACUUCCGACCUCUGGCUCCCGUUCCAAACCCCUCUCCCCUGCCUCCUUCACUAGGGUGGCUCGCCUUCUCGCCUCCGUCCCCUUCUGCUCCGGCAGCGGCGGCUUCGUCUUGCUCUCGCGCCGGAGCCGCGAUUAUGCCGGCGUUGGUCCCUUGGUCUCCGCGGCCGCGGCUUCCGGGGAUACGGCGGACGCCGGAUCCGAGUCCAUCCUGCUCAGUGUCCAGGGGAUGAUGUGCGACGGGUGCGCCGCGAGCGUGAAGCGGAUCCUGGAGAGCCAACCGGAGGUUACUUCUGCUACCGUUGAUUAUAAGGAAGCAAGUGCAGUUGUAUGGACAACAGAUGAGGCCAAGGGGACACAAGGCUGGCAGAAGCAGUAUGGAGAGAAGCUUGCUAAACACCUUGGCACUUGUGGAUUUGAGUCUCGCGUACAAGAGUAAGGUGAAGCCAAAAAGAACCGAUACUGAAGUUCGGAUGUCACCUCAAUGAGCAAUUUGUACCAGCAUCUCUGUUACUGAGAAUUCUGGUACCCAAAUUACAUCUUUGCUGUGCAUGGAGCUAUAAGCCUCAGUGCUAGUGUUGUGGCAUAAUACUACGUACCUACCUUUCCCAUGGGCUUUAGCUAGGUCAUUUGGAAUGGAAUAGGGUAAUGUGCUAAAAUUGUAGGAGUAGGCCAUUGUUGCAAGGAAGGAGUUUGCACUGUCUUCCCCGUUACUUCGAAGAUAUAAAGUGUACUCCCUCUAUCUCAGUAUGAAUCAUCUGUCCUAAAAUAAAACAACUUCUAAAAUCAUUAUAAGUCAAAUUAUCUUAAA